AUGGUUUUCAAAACCGGAGACUGUACAUACAAACGAGAUGUUUUUUCCAAUUUCACACUUCAGGUCGUUAAUGGUAAAGUUAAAAUGGAUAUGACUCUUGUAAAGAUACUGACUGCUGGCCUUAAGGCACAUUUGAGUUUUGAAUUUCGUGUGUCCAAAAGCAAAUCAUAUCAAAGCAUAUUUCAGCAUGAUAUAAACUACUGCGUUUUACUCAAAGGCUCGCAAGAAUCACUUUAUCGUCGCUGGUUUCUCACCAUGCUGAAGGUUGGAAACUUUGCCACCAGUUGUCCCAUACAGACGGGUUACUACUACCUGCGGGAUUGGCAUUUGAAUGGAAAUCUGAUUCCAUCAUUUUUGUACCUGGGUGACUAUCGGAUUGGAGGCAGCUUUUUCUAUGGAAGGUACAGGAAAAAUAGCGAAAAACUUUUGUUGGAGUGCACAGUUGAAGCGAUAUUGGUUUGA